AUGACAGUGUACGAAUGCACUUACCGGCUCGGGCCCUCUGAAGAUGAGAAGUUCUUCCCCUCACGAGUGGAAAGCAUGCUGGAGAAAGUCAUGGGAGACUUUUUUAGAGACAAGGUGUUUGAUCCAGAGCACGCCGCCAGUUGGGCUCAGCAAGCCAGCGGGCGCGUGAUGGAGGAAAUGCGCGCUAUGCAGCAGCAGCAAAUGCCGCGGUUCAAAAUUGUGGUCCAAGUGGUGAUCGCCGAGAAUGCUGGCCAGGGCAUCCGCGUAUCCAGCAAAAGUCUUUGGGAUGUCAAUCUAGAUAACUGGGGAAGCUACACACACGUGCAGAGCGACAUGUAUGCUGUUGCCAUGGUCUUCGGAUGCUACCGCGAGUGA